AUGAACAGUGUUGUGCCAUCGAAGGUGCCACCGAAUGAGCUGCCAGACGAAUUACGUCACCUAUUCCUGAUGUUCGAUCACGCUGUACUCGAAAAAUGGUAUUUCAACGAAGCAGAAUCCAAACCAGUAGUUUGGAAGAAAGAAGCAAUCGAUGAAAUCAUACAUUCAAACGACUUCAUAACACCUUAUAAACCGGAUGGAGGUUAUCAGAAAAUCAUAAGAUUGGCAUAA